GGAAUAGUGCGACUUGUGCAAGGUACAAAAACGUAAGGCGCCGAUCUGUUUGUAGUGAACGAGUUCGAGUCGAGCAUAAACAUUUAAACAAUUCCCUUUCAUGCAAACGUUUUAUAGAAAAUUAUACUGUUUGAAUUUAAAAAUUUAUAACACAUUUUUAAUCAAGUUGUUCAGGCAUGGCUGGAACUGGAAACCAUCAGAAAAUCGGUUCGAUCACUAAAGAAAAAAUCUGGAAACCGAUUACUUUCAAUGUAAUAUACAAGUUCCCAAAACAGCCAGCUAAGGAGAAGCAACAGCCAGUAAAAUGUGUAAUAGCUGAUGACACUGGACUUAUCACAUUGCUCGUUUCGUCGAAAGACGAAAAAAGUUAUGAUUUUUUAAAGGUUAACCAAUGUUAUACAAUUAUGGCUGGAGGUUGUUUUUCAAAAGCCGUGAAUUCUUUGUAUAAACAUCUAUAUGUCCACCCCAGCGGUAUGGAACUUUGGGUGCGCGAUCAGGACAAAAUAGCUAAAGACAAAGUUCCAAUGGAUCCGGGUCACCUUGCAUUAUCCUCGCUCAAUUUUAAUUUCACCGAUUUGAGUAAACUGGCCAAGGGAGUUUCUUUUGAUACAUUUGCCAAAGUGCAGUGGCAAGGGCCAGAGGAAAACGGACUAGAUGGAAUUCCACUUAAGAAGAUUUUACUGGUGGACGAAUCUGUUGGGAAAAAACAAGCAUUGAGAUGUCAUUUAAAGGGAGAUCAUCGCAAGCUUAUUCGACGUAAGGGACAAAUACUUGCCAUUUUCAAUGCAUACAUAGGAUCAGAUGCAAAUGAUUUAGUCAUUCACGUUAACAACACUUCUGCAGCGUUUGUGGUUACAGCUACAGAGUGGGAUUGGAUUUUGAGCGACGAACAACGUCAGCAUAAAGAUUCUCUAAUCAAAAUGGGACAUAGCAGAAGGAGCAGCGAGUCACGCCACGAACCAAGUACAGAAAAUAUUGACCUAGAGGCUGAAAAUCAUGCCAUGAAUGGAAUGAACGAUCAGCCAAGAUUAGGUGGUGAGGGUCCUGAGUUGGAUUGCAGUAUUGAAGAAGAAUGUCAGGUUACGCCAACAAAAAUCCCGAAACUAGAAAAUGGAACUGCAUCUUCAAGCGUAUUAAAGCCAUCGACUUCCAGCCCUAGACAAAGUUCCAGACCCCCUAUUACCUGCUGCAGCAUUAGUGACUUGGAAUCCUUGCUCAAAGGAAAACGUAGGACUGAUUUGGACAUUGAAAUUAAUGCUGUUCAUUUAUCUCCUAACUUCGUUCUUCGUCGAUAUUUAGGAUGUGUAAAAUGCUCAAAGUCGUUGCUGGUCGAAAAUGGAAGUUACGUCUGUUAUGGAAAAAAUUGUUGCAGAAAAUCUCCCUCGAAUGUAAAAAAUUAUCGAAACGAUCCAGCCCAACGCAAGUCAUUUUAUCUAUUGAAAAACUUGGAAAUCAAAGACAAGGAUAACCACUUCGUGGACAAUUUGAUCGCUUAUAAUUCAACCGUUCAAGAAUUUCUCAAUAAGGAUGCGGACGACUUUGAAUCUGAUUCUUUGGCAUUGGAUAGCUUCACAUCCCUUAUCAAAGACAGGCUGCUCAAUGUUGCCAUUAAAGCUACUCGUGGAUGCACUGGGCCCGAGCUUAAAAACCGGUGGACGCUAACGGUUAACAAAAUUUCGGUAUUCGAAGAUUCUGACGCUCCACGUGAUGGAUCGUCCUCGUCAGCUCCGUUAGCGUCUGAAAUUACUGAUACUACUGACGAAUUUGAUAUCCGUACGUUCCUAGCACGUCGAAUCCCGUUUGAAAUAUCUGUUGUUCGUUGUGGAAAUUCUCAAUUACCUCAAAAUGAUGAAGAUCAGUAUAUUCAAACCAAAAAGCCUCAGGGUAUUGCCCUCCACAUUUAUACUUCCAAAGGGCGCGAUGGUUCUGACAUAGACAAAAGAAUGUUUGAAGAAUUAUUUCAACAGCUUAACUACAUCGUGAUCACCGUCGUAGACGUAAAGUCAGAUGAGCUGCAACAUCAAAUCAAUGAAUGUAGGAAAGAGCUAGUUGAUAAGAAACUGGAAUCAUUUGUGCUCUGCAUUAGUGGACACGGGCUUAGUAAUAACAUCCAGCUGGCAGAUAAUACACUUGUUAAUAUUUGGACUGAUCUAAUUUAUCAGUUCGACGACACAAAUUUUAAAGAAUUUCGUGGCCGCCCAAAAAUUGUGCUGGUCAAUGCAUGCCAAGGUUUUGCAUCUCGGGAACACAUAGUUCCUUUCUCCAACCCAAUUUCAAGUCCAAAUCAUCCAGAUUUCCUUGUAUUUAUUGCAACCAGUCCUGGAUUCCAGACAUUUAGAAAUGGUGCAAUCGGAACUCAUUUCAUGCGUUCGGUAGCAUAUGUUCUAAUGAGAAAAGCCCAUAAUAUGGAAAUCAAGAAAUUAUUUUACUUGGUAGCCAAGAUUCUAUAUUCUCCAGAUGAAAGCGCUAUGCAAAAACCCCAGCUGCCGGAAAUUAGAGAUUUUAUUUUUAGUAAACAAUUUUUCUUUCGGCCCUGAUUUUAAAAACCAUUUUAUAAUAUUGACUGUACAGAAUAAGUUUUUUUAUUAAAAUAUAUAUUAUGCGUUAAAAAAUUUUACAAACAAUUAUAAACUUGCAUGUUUGAUGUUUCCACUUGAACCCCCCAUUAGUAUAAAUAUGUAUCUAAUUAAUCGAAUGGACACUCUGGAUGUAAAAUUGCCCUGGAUUGAUUACAAUGAAAUUCAUUUAAAUGGUUUAUUAUUAUUAUUUAGUUUAAUUUAAAUA